AUGUCUUCAACAUCCGUACGUGCUGCGCCUCUGACGAUUCGAGUGUGGUAUAGCAAGCAUUCACAGAACGAGGCGUCUGGCUCAGAGAAGUUCAAGGCAAGUGAUGGAACAUGGAACUUCGAAGUGCUGGGCGUAGUAGUCAUUGUCGAGAAAUCUAGCCUGCCAGUGAAACAAAGAAACAGUUCCAAGAUGCAUCCGACCCCUAAUUUCCGCCAGCAGGGAGAUAUGUCCCAGAAAUACUGGCAUAAUCAGCCGCCAAGGAACAGAUUUUUCAUCAUGACCGCAGCUCUCAUUGCUGGAACAGGGCUUGCGUAUUAUUGGGGCUAUCGGGGUGUGGAUCAGAGGCACAGUGACAAAAUACCUGUCAAGAAGUAGUCAGGAUGUCAUGGGAAUGAGGAAUGUUUUACUGGUCCCCCUUG